AUGACAUCGCACGAGGGAUCUCACUCAGAGCUGUUCGGCUUGAAGGGCCAGGAUGAGUCAGGCAUAGCGUCAAAGGUCGGAAAAACUCAAGACCCGCCAAAGGAGGGACAAGGAGUUCUGGGAGGUGCUGGACAUCCAACUGGAGCAGAAUCUGGAGGGUCAGGCGCGAGUGCUCCAGGUCAAAACGCUCCCAAGGAAGAGUCCACCGUUGGAGGCAUGGCGGAAGGCUCAAGCGAUAGUGCUGUGCCUGGUAGUGGUGGCUCGGCGUUGAAGCCCUCGCAAGGAACGGGCACUGUUGGGAAGGAUGCCUGA